AUGAAAACGGUAUGUAAGGCCGACACCCAGACGGUGAAAGCCAAACCCUUUGUCCAUCAAGUCGGUGGCCGAACGUCCAUGUUGGUUAUCACACCAGAAACAAUAUGUAAAUUAUACACCAAGCGAGAGGUCCAGUUCUACGAAAAUAUUCCGGAAAUCCUGAAGGCAUUUACCCCGCAAUACAAAGGUUUGGUAACUGUAAAGUGCAGCAAGGAAGAAGAUAAGCUUACGUUUUAUGCUGAAGUACCCGGAUAUAUACUUUGGAACAAAGAUCAUCAAAAUAACAUUGAUGACUGUGAUGCAUUGAAGUUAGGGCUGGACAACUGGAGUAGGACGUGUGAAAAAGGGUACAGGGAUUUCUGGGCCGACAGCACUGACCAUAAUUACAUUAUGCUGGAAAAUCUGGUUGGGUCGCUGAGAAUGCCGUGUAUACUGGAUCUAAAAUUAGGAACGAAGCAAACUGGUGAUGAUACUUCUGAAAAGGAUCGGAAGUUACGAGAAUUUAGAUCAGCACAUUCUACUUCCGGAAGUCUGGGUAUCCGGUUGACUGGAAUGCAUAUGUACCAGUCCGAGUCUAACACAUACUUAUCACACAACAAAUUCUAUGGCUGGACUUUAGAUGACUCCGGGCUUCGUCAGGUGCUCAGACAGUUCUUUAACCGCAGCCAUAUGCUGAAUGUACAUUUGGUGGCCCGGAUGAUAAGUAAACUGCGAAGACUCCGUCUCGUCUUGUCGACACAGGACAAGUUUUAUUUCUUCGGUUCUUCUCUACUGCUGUUUUAUGACGGUUAUAUAGACACUGCUCUUCAUCUUGACCAUUCAAAGUCAGCUCAUAGAUGUUCUGAUAGAAUGUCUAAGCAAUCAGAACAUUUAUAUGAACACGCACCACGUGAUCAAAAAGAUGGCGGGAAAAGGGAAGCAUUCGAAAUGGAAGCCAUUCUUCAGUCUCAAUGUGAUGCAGCGGAUGCGAGAUUGAUUGAUUUCGGCCGAGCAGUGCAGAAGUCUGAAAUGAAAGAACGAAGUCUCGGUGUAGAGUUCGAGGAAGGACUUCUGUUUGGACUGGACAAUCUUAUCUGUAUAUUACAGUCGAUGGUCUGUAUUUAGUACCGCAGGUUUUCCAAUUUCUACCAGAGUUGUCGUUCCUUACAGUCGGUACCAAAUUGAACUCUGGAAGAUAUUUUUUAAUCAAUUAAGUUUACGUCAUCGUAAUUGAC